AGACGGGUACUCGUAAGGACAGAUGUAUACAACAACAUUCACACCAUGGGAGCGAUAGACGGGUACUCGUAAGGAUAGAUGUAUACAACAACAUUCACACCAUGGGAGUGAUAGACGGGUACUCGUAAGGACAGAUGUAUACAACAACAUUCACACCAUGGUACUCGUAAGGACAGAUGUAUACAACAACAUUCACACCAUGGGAGUGAUAGACGGGUACUCGUAAGGACAGAAUGUAUACAACAACAUUCACACCAUGGGAGUGAUAGACGGGUACUCGUAAGGAUAGAUGUAUACAACAACAUUCACACCAUGGUACUCGUAAGGACAGAUGUAUACAACAACAUUCACACCAUGGGAGUGAUAGACGGGUACUCGUAAGGACAGAAUGUAUACAACAACAUUCACACCAUGGGAGUGAUAGACGGGUACUCGUAGGGACAGAUGUAUACAACAACAUUCACACCAUGGGAGUGAUAGACGGGUACUCGUAAGGACAGAUGUAUACAACAACAUUCACACCAUGGGAGCGAUAGACUACAACAUUCACACCAUGGGAGCGAUAGACUACAACAUUCACACCAUGGGAGCGAUAGACUACAACAUUCACACCAUGGGAGCGAUAGACGGGUACUCGUAAGGGCAGAUGUAUACAACAACAUUCACACCAUGGGAGCGAUAGACUACAACAUUCACACCAUGGGAGCGAUAGACGGGUACUCGUAAGGGCAGAUGUACAGAUGUAUACAACAACAUUCACACCAUGGGAGCGAUAGACGGGUACUCGUAAGGACAGAUGUAUACAACAACAUUCACACCAUGGGAGCGAUAGACGGGUACUCGUAAGGACAGAUGUAUACAACAACAUUCACACCAUGGGAGCGAUAGACGGGUACUCGUAAGGACAGAUGUAUACUACAACAUUCACACCAUGGGAGCGAUAGACGGGUACUCGUAAGGACAGAUGUAUACAACAACAUUCACACCAUGGGAGCGAUAGACGGGUACUCGUAAGGAAAGAUGUAUACAACAACAUUCACACCAUGGGAGCGAUAGACGGGUACUCGUAAGGACAGAUGUAUACUACAACAUUCACACCAUGGGAGCGAUAGACGGGUACUUGUAAGGACAGAUGUAUACAACAACAUUCACACCAUGGGAGCGAUAGACGGGUACUCGUAAGGACAGAUGUAUACAACAACAUUCACACCAUGGGAGCGAUAAAUGUAACAUACAGUUCUUGUGUUUUAUGAGAUGUUAAUACAUUUCUUUUCCCACCUUCUAUAAAUAUGUUGCUAGCAUCUUGGUUUGCGUUUUUUGAGAACGGACUUGACCCAGCUGAUACAUUUAUACAAAUGACCAGUGUCUUCAAUGAAGUAGAAGACGUUUGACACUUCCGAAACACCUGGUCUUAUUGUUUAUGUUUAUGUUUGGAUGAUCUACAUACAUAUCUUGAUCUUGUCCUCGUUCUAUUGAUUUGAAACUAGCAAAAGAAUUAUGAUUCCGUGUGCAUGUUUUUAUUGUUCCAUAUGACUUUAGUGACAUGAUCAGUUUAUACUGAAUGUGUAGUAAACGAACAUUUAAAAACAUGGGUGAAUGCACCCUAUAACUUUAGCGAUUUUUGUUUGGGUAUAUGCUGAAAAACGACGUUUCUUCCUUCUUGGACUUUUCAGUGCCGUUCGGGACAACAAAAGUAAAAGGAAAUGUAGGGGGAAGGGGGAGGACAGCGUGUUAAUGUAACCCAAAUAAUUUAUUUGUAAUGCUAUCUUUAUUUUUUAUCCAGCCAGGAGCGAAUUUUUGUAUUCGUCUUUUUUUCCCCAACACAACAUGCGUUUUGAGAGUAUUUAAUGUUAAAUGUGCCUUUUGGGUUAAACGUUCGAUUAACAGUUGAUUUAGCUUAAUUUAGGCAUGAUGAAUGUGUCAGUUUUACUCAGGGGAAAUAUGGUUAUGGAGAUCACAUAUGUAAAAAUGUAAUUUUUCAUAAAAUAAUCAUUAUGGUUGUUAUAUUCAGCGUAACAGAAAAUAUAACAAAACGUUUAGUUUUAAUUACAACUUAACAAACAAAAGCUUCUAUUCUUACAUAGUAUGUCUUCUGAAAUCCCUCAUUGAAUGGAGCACAACAGUUAUGAUACUAUCAUAAUCUGAUGUGAAGAUGGAUAUGAAAAGAAGCAAGAAAGCCCAAAUUAAUGGGCAACGUCGGGGACUCCACAAUAAAAAGAUCCAUAUAAUUGUAAAGAAAGGACAUUCUGACAGUAUACUCAUUGGGAGGUAAAAUCUAAGUAUAGGUUCUUGUGGGGUGGAAAUGUUCUCUUUCAAAGUAUCUCGUAAGAUUCUCGUUAUUGUUGGAUGAUAAACCAAGCAUAACAUACUAGAUGUAUACACGAAGAAGAAUUUAAAGGAAUGUGCAUGUAUAGUUAGUUUAACUCCGACGAGAGAACAUAUGAUGGAUAGACCGCAUGCUUUAUAAAAUGUUGUUUAACGCGAUUUAAACUGUAUAGCCUGUUAUAAAAAGCAGCAGUGUAAGGCCUGGAUUUAGUUAUCUAGAUAUCAUCGUCUGAAAUGAAAGCGACUGCGUUAUGAGUGGAUUGAUGGCGUAGACUAAGUGGGACAACUCCCAACGUGAUCUCCCGGAUAUCUUACUUAACAGUGAAAAGACAUGUAUAUUGGUGACUGUAGAUAAAAGAGCCCUAUCACAACCCAUGGAAUUAACAGACUUACAAUCAGGACGCGAGUAUCAGUUCUGUGGAGGAUGUCAGCAAGGAGAGGUUUAUUUCCUGAGAUAGAACCGUUCAACUCCGGGAGACUGAAGGCUUCUGAAAUCCAUGAAAUCUAUUACGAACAAUAUAGGAAUAAGAAAGGAAAUCCUGUUCUAUCCCUUCAUGGAGGUCCUGGAUCGGGCAGCGUUCCCCGGGAGAGGCGAUUUUUCGAUCCCGUGACUUACAGAAUUAUCUUGUUUGACCAGAGAGGCACCGGAAAGUCUACACCUGCUGCAGAACUACGAGAAAAUACAACCUGGCACCUGGUAGAGGAUAUGGACCGUCUGAGAAAACACCUGGGGAUCGACAAGUGGGUGUUGUUUGGGGGGAGUUGGGGGGCGACUCUCUCUCUCGCUUACGCCGAGACACAUCCCAGUCGUGUAAAGGCUCUCAUCCUGAGGGGUAUCUUUGGCUUGACAAGAAGGGAAAUGCUUUGGUCUAACCAGGACGGGGCCAAUUAUAUAUUUCCAGAUGCUUGGGAGGAAUUCCUGGCUCCAAUACCGGAGGUCGAAAGGGUCGACUUGAUGAGUGCAUACUUCAGAUGUCUGACGGGUGACGAUGAGGAAAAGAUGAUCCAGGCAGGCAGGGCCUGGAAUAAAUGGAAGCUAGUCACGUGCAACAUGAAUAUUACUGAUGAUAUGAUAAAGGAGGCUGAGGAAGAAAAGCAACCGUAUCUCUAUCCAAGGAUUGAAACUUAUUACCUUGUACAUGGAGGAUGGCUGAAGACAGACGAUCAACUUCUUAAAGAUGUGGAGAAAGUUCGUCAUAUCCCAGGAACAAUUAUCCAUGGCCGCUAUGAUGUCCUUUGUCCCAUGGAAACAGCAUGAGCAAUUCAUAAGAAAUGGCCUGAAGCCGAUUUCCACGUGGUACCAGACGGUCACCAUUCUUCGAGGCAUCCGACCAUGUUACACCAAUUGAUUGAGACCACGGAAAAGUACAAAACCCUUUGACCUCACUAUGUCUUAUCAUUUACUAUGUUUUCUCGUUUUUUAAUCAAUUUAUCUCUCGAUAAGAUACCAAACAAACGCUUUGUAAUAAAUAUAGUAAUUUUAAUAAAAAUAUUAUGUUAUGCCGACAGUACAAAAUAAGAUACUUGAGGUUGGAUUAUAUUAUAGCGCAAGUUUUAGAAUUGUCGAUUUCGCUACCUGAAUAGCAUAUUUGCAAUUUCAUUUUGCAAACGGCAUGCUCUUUGACAAGCCUGUAGGAUUCAAAAGGUUUUAUUCUGUCGCUCGAACUCAAUACUGCAAUACAUCAGCAAAUCGUUUUUCCGUGACAAACUUAUUAGUGAGCAAAUAAAGAUCAACUUUUA